GAAUUUUGAAUUCGUUAAAAAAAACAUCAAAUUUUGAGCUUAUUUUUCUUUUUUCUUCAAAUAAAUAAAUUAAAUAGAAUAAUUUUUUCUUUUAAUUCUUUAAUUAAUAAUAAUUAAUAUGGCACCAAAUUUUAAAGAAACUGAUAACAAUGCUAAUAAUUUAUACCAAGACAAAGUAAAAGAACUUGGAUUUGGUACUAGAGCUAUUCAUAUAGGUCAAGAACCUGAUCCUAGUACUGGAGCUGUUAUUCCAUCAAUUUCUCUAUCUACCACAUAUAAACAAUCUGCCAUAGGUGUCCAUAAGGGAUAUGAAUAUUCACGAUCGAAUAAUCCAAAUCGAAGUGCAUUUGAAGAGUCAAUCGCAUCACUCGAAAAAGGAAAAUAUGCACUUGCAUUUUCAUCAGGUAGUGCAGUAACGGCGACAAUAGUAACAUCAAUCGGUACAAAUGGACACAUAAUUUCAGUAGAUGAUGUUUAUGGAGGAACAAAUCGAUAUUUUACUAAAGUAGCAGGAACUCAAGGAAUUGAAGCAACAUUUGUUAAUUUACACGAUCCUAAAAAUAUUGAAGGUGCUUUUAAACAUAAUACGAAAAUUGUAUGGAUUGAAACUCCAACUAAUCCAACAUUAAGAUUAGUUGAUAUUAGAGCAGUUGCUAAUAUAACACAUCAACAUAAUGCGAUACUUGUGGUAGAUAAUACUUUUAUGAGUCCAUAUUUUCAAAAUCCACUUGAAUUAGGAGCAGAUAUUGUAGUACAUUCCGUUACAAAAUACAUUAAUGGUCAUUCUGAUGUUGUAAUGGGUGUUGCUAUAAUGAAUGAUGAGGAAAUUUAUAACAAAAUUAAGUUCUUACAAAAUGCCAUUGGAGCUAUACCUUCAUCAUUUGAUUCUUGGUUAGCAAGUCGUGGAUUGAAAACAUUACAUUUACGUAUGAAACAGCAUCAAGAAAAUGCUAUUGCAAUUGCUAAAUUCUUAGAAAAGAGUGAUAAAAUUGAACAAAUUAUUUAUCCUGGAUUAGAAAGUCAUCCACAACAUAUAUUAGCAAAGAAACAGGCAAGAGGAUUUGGUGGAAUGUUAAGUUUUAGGAUUAAGGGUGGUUUUAAGGAAGCAAAUGCUUUCUUGCAAAAUAUUAAAAUAUUUACUUUAGCUGAAUCUUUGGGUGGUGUUGAAAGUUUAGCCGAACAUCCUUCUAAAAUGACUCACGCUGGUCUAAGUGAAGAACAUCGUAACGCUGUUGGUGUCACUGAUAAUUUAAUAAGAUUAUCCAUCGGUAUCGAAGAUGUUGAUGAUUUGCUGGAAGAUAUUCAACAAGCAUUAGAUAUUGCUGUACAAGAGUAAUAUAAUAUAUAAUUUAAAUAAUUGACUGUAAAAUUUUAAUAAAAUAAAAAUAAAUAAUAAAACAAUAAUAAUUACUAUAAUACGUUUUAUGCUAUAUUACCAUUAUACACAGAUUCCUUAUUAGGAAUU